AUGGUGACCCUUCGCAGUUCUACGCGGCAAAGAGCCCAGCGCUCGUCAAACAACAUUCACAGCUCUACACGAGAAAUAACCAAGCACGCCUCAUGGGAUUUCUUACCACAGGACAUUCGCCGUCUCAUUCUCGAAAUUGUCUCACGCCAAGAAGGAUGGGGGAGUGCCGCUUCUGUUUGUAAAGAGUGGCAAGACUUCAUCGCAACAAAGAACUUUGGUCGGCUGGAGCUGAACCAAAGUAAUGUUCACGGUCUAAGUAAGAUCGUCCGACAGAGAAAUCUCAUCCGUCAUAUCUACCUCAAUGUCGAGCUACCGACAUACAGUUGCCGCAGUUGCGAUUCCUCGUUUAUAGUAAAGAUUGCCGAGGCGGCGACUGUGAGAACUUGUUCACGAAAGCUCUUCUCGAUCCUCAGUACAUGGGGGCUAGACUACCGUAUAACCCUUGAGCUAAAUGUUUAUUCACCCAGCGAUCAGUGCCACUGGUUCAAGAACCAUCUCUUUGGAUUCGACCACGAAGACGAGGACGACUUCACCGAGGACCUCAAGCUUUUGCAUGACCCAAGACACGGCUGGGAACAUGGAAAGCAAGUUUCGGCUCCUCAUACGGCAGCUAUAAUGCAUCUAUUCACCCCCUUUACCAAGGACGGCCUGGUGAGCCUCAAUAACUUCGCAGAGGUUCCUGCAAUUAAGAAACUCAUCAUUCGUCGACAGAUGCGACGUAGAAUCCCACCAGACGCGCUUCAGGUACUGCUCGAGCGACUCCCACAGCUGGAGAGCAUCACAUACGAGCCAUGGUAUGUGCUUAGCAACUCUGAGAGAUGGUCCCAUGAAAUUGGCACAAGGACGAUAAUACUACAGCUACCACAGAGUGUCAGAUCGAUCACCAUUUUCGAGGAUUUCAACAAACAUAUCAUGGAAUCCGUGCGCUACGACAGCUGGGGACAUAUACAUACCGUAUAUGACGAUCUUGACACCAGACGCGUGUAUUCUAACCUAUCGUGUGACCUGGCGAAUGAGUUUGUUUUGCGAAGUCUUGAUCUGGAACAUCUUUCCGUCUCUUUCAUGAUCAAUUCUCAGCACUUUUUUGAGGCGUGCCGUGCACCGUCCACCUGGCCUCGCCUCAGAUCGCUCAUACUCACAACACGGAUCAUGACAAAAGGAAACCAUGAGGAAAUCAUGGAUGAGGUCGCCGCUGCUGCUAUAGCUGCAGAGAGUAUGCCACAGCUAGAGGCUCUGGCGAUCUGGUACUGUUCUGGUAAAAAAGCAUGUGCGGCUAUCUUUCGCAGGAACCAAGGACCGAUGGCCCGGUGGUCGACGCUUACAUGGCGUGGUACAGAGGAGCUUGAGUUUAGUGAACUUGCAAUUGAGAAGUGGCAGAAUGUCGUUGGCGACCAAACUCUUCUGGUCAAGUACGAGAAAGUUGAUGGGGGAGAUAUCGACUCUCAUGGAGAUGCUAUCCAUCAUCUUCAGUUGCCUGAAGGAGUCAUUGAUCCCAGAUCGCUUGCGCAGAUACGCAAAGAAGGGAAGCUACAGAAAGAAGCCUGGGCGGUUCUUCCUGUUAACAGCUAG